AAGGUUCAUAUCGAAGUGGAUAUCCGUGGAACAAAGGAACUUUUCGAUAUUCAAAGAUUUGUAAUCUUUGAAUAUCAAAAAGUUUCCAAUAUCCAUCGUGAUCUUGCCUCAAAUUUGACUUUUUUUUCCUUCUUAUAACUACUGAAACUUGAUCUUAUGGCUAUGCUUUGUCGUUUACAAAAAAAUAAUUAUAUUAUAGCUAUCAUCAAUCUUUUUUUCUUUCAUCUCAUGUAUUGCUCUGUUUUAGCAACGACCAAUAUCAACAACAAUAAUGGUGGCUUCAGCGCCCAUCUUAUCAGAAAGAACUCCCCAAAUUCGCCAUUGUACAAACACAAAAACAACAAAGUUCAUCGACGGUUGAUGGGUCCAAACACACCAGGAUCACGAAUGAAAAUCGAUCCGGGUAGUGGCGAACAUAUUAUGAAGUUCUCAAUGGGAACCCCACCCUUUGAUAUUUAUGCAAUUGCUGAUACAGGUAGUGAUCUACUAUGGACACAAUGCCAACCAUGUAAAGCUUGCUACAAGACCAACUUUGGCGUUUUUGACCCGAGAAAAUCCUCAACUUAUAGGAACAUUACUUGUCGUGCAAGCGACUGUAGACUCGUCGCCCUUUCCAGACCAUUAGACUAUCAACCAAACUUUUGUAGAGAAAAUCCUAAAGGACCUUGCUUGUACAGGUAUGCGUAUAUGGACACGUCAUCCUCGACGGGUGCAUUGGCUAAAGAAACAGUUACCUUGACAUCCACUACUGGUAAAGUCGUAACCCUAAAAGAUAUUAUCUUUGGGUGUGGGAAUGAGAACAAUUCAACUAUAACUGGAACUGAAAUGGGUGUUAUUGGGCUUGGACGUGGGCCCUUGUCAUUUGUUUCUCAAAUUGCUCCCUAUGUUGGAGGAAAAAGAUUCUCACAUUGCUUGGUGCCAGAUCCCAACAUUGAAAGCAAGAUCUAUUUUGGGAAUGGGAGUGAAGUGUUGGGUGAAGGUGUGCUGACAGUACCUUUGUUCGAUGAACAACCAGGCGGGAGUAACUAUUAUGUGACAGUACCAGGAAUUACCAUCGGAAAUGACUUUGUUCCUUUUAACUCAACAGGGACAUUGCUCACGAAGGGUAACAUGUUGGUCGACUCAGGUACACCUAUGACAUAUUUACCACAAGAAUUUUUUGACCGAGUGGUAGCUCAGCUAAAAAAGACAGUUGAAUUGGAAUCAUUCAUAUCUCCGGAGGAUUCUACCCUUUGCUUCAACUCCACAACGGUUCCAAAAUUCCCAACAGUGGCUUUACAUUUUGAAGGUGGUGGCGAGCUGCCGUUGAAUGAGACCCAAUUAUUUCAGAGAAAUGAAGAGACCAAGGCAUUUUGCUUUAUGAUGGUGAACACCACUACUGAAGAUUAUGGUACCUUUGGAGGUUCUCUUCAAAUAGAUUUCUUGAUUGGUUUUGACUUGGAUACAAAAGUGGUAUCUUUCAAGCCAACUAAUUGUGCAAACUUCAACAAAAGCUAAUUGCCUAAACUACUAGUACUGGCGGUGAUAUAAAUUUUGAAUUUUAUUUUUCUCCUUUUUUCCACUAGGCUAUUUGUAUUUGCUUUUGAUUAUGAAUUUUGCCGUUGUAGACUAAAAACAUAGGUGCCGUUUUAUUUCUAAGAAUUUGGGACUUUGCUUUCUCUCCCACAAAUUCCUAGUUCAAAGAGUCUUAAAAUCCUCAACUUUCAAGAGCAAAGU